CCACGUCCAUACAUUUUCACGCACUUGGUUUUUGCCUCUCUCUGCCUGGGGAUGCCUUGUAAACACAUUUUCCCCCCCAGCGCUGUGUGUGCUGUGAGAGCUGUGACAUUAUCUCCUGCGGACAUCCCCAUGUUGUUCUAGGCUGUGUCUGUGUUUUCAUUCAGACAAUAGUUGGGCAUACAUGGGCUCCAGACACUGACCGGAGGACCACCAAAAUAAGGGAAGCCUACUGUUAGUCAGAAAACAUAGUAGCACCCAUGCCACUGUGGAACUUUGGACUCUGUAUUGGAGGAUCGAUUCAAACACAAUGGUUAACAUGGAUGUAAUUUUCCCUCCUGAUCGCGGUAUCACCAAGAGAUCUUUUUUGUUAUUGCCCUGAUCAACAGCAGCCAGAAGAAAAAAGCUUUAAAAGAGAUUUUUGAAUUUUUGAAUGACCAACAGAGGGUGACAGCUCUGAUCUAUAAGUGAGAAAUAGGAGCCACAUGCUCCUUACUUACCCAACUUCUGGUAAGAAUCUGUUAAAUGGGAAGAGCUGUGUGCUUUGCCUUGUGCUUCCCCCUGCCUUGAAUGGUUUCUUGCCUUGUGUCUUCUAUGCUCUCUGCCCUUGUGAGGACAGCUUGUGCCCUCAGCCUCCUGGUGGCAACUCUCAUUAGAAUCAGGAGAUGAGGCCACAGACUGGCAGGCAAAGCAGCAAGGAGGCUUGCCCCUGGGAUAGAUGCUGGCCACGGUACUAAUGCUAGCCCUUUUUUGUUUGCUCAAGGAAUACAGCUUUUCUCUCUCUACUCCCAACUGCUACCUUCCCACUUCCUUUGCUAAGCAUGACUGAUUGGAAAGGGAGAGCUGAGCAGGUCGUCCUGCCUUCCCAGCGGCUGUAUUGAUUUUCCUCCAGUCAGUGUUCAUUUGAUUGAGACCCAGCUAUGUGAGAGCAAGGUGAAAGAGAGAGUGAGUGUGCUAGAGAGAGUAUUGAGCUCCUUGUACUGAGGGAGGCUGCAGAUACCCGCUGAGGGGGGCAGGGCCGGGACGUCUACUGUUACAGGCCAUCUGCCUUGGGGGUGGCACGCCACAAACCUGACCCACCUGGAUAACACCCAAAACAAUGAACCAGUCUGAACUGACAACGGACCCAAUGCCCACUGCCAACAGCAGCCUGGGUGACAUCUUCCCUGGCAGGGCCUCCAACCACUCCUGUCCCCUGGGCUGGGGCCAGAAUGAGGGCCUGGAGGCCUGUGUUUUGGAGACGGCCGUCAUCGUACUUCUAACAGUUCUCAUUAUUGCAGGGAACCUGACCGUCAUCUUUGUGUUCCACUGUGCCCCUCUGCUUCACCACUACACAACCAGCUACUUCAUCCAGACCAUGGCCUACGCUGACCUGCUGGUGGGUCUCAGCUGUCUGGUACCCACUCUGUCUUUGCUUCACUACCCAGCAAGUGUCCAGGAGCCCAUCACCUGCCAGGUCUUUAGCUACGUCAUCUCUGUUCUCAAGAGUGUUUCAAUGGCCUGCUUGGCUUGCAUUAGUGUGGACCGCUACCUGGCCAUAACUAAACCUCUAUCCUACAACCAGCUGGUGACACCGUGCCGGCUACGUGGCUGCAUCACCCUCAUUUGGGUCUACUCCAGCCUGGUCUUUUUGCCAUCUUUCUUUGGAUGGGGCAAGCCAGGCUACCAUGGGGACAUCUUUGAGUGGUGCGCCCACUCUUGGCCCACCUCUGCCCUCUUUACAGGCUUUGUGGUAUGCUUGCUCUACGCACCCGCUGCGCUUGUGGUCUGUUUUACCUAUUAUCAUAUCUUCCGUAUCUGCCAGCAGCACAAUAGAGAGAUCAGUGAACGACGGGCACGUUUCCCCAGCCAGGAGAUGGAGGCCUCCGAGGGCAGUGGUGGAGGCCAUCAGGGAGGACAUGGACCAGACCGACGCUAUGCCAUGGUGCUCUUCCGCAUCACCAGUGUUUUCUAUAUGCUGUGGCUGCCCUACAUCAUUUACUUCCUGCUGGAAAGCUCCCAUGUGCUGGAUAGCCCUGCCCUCUCCUUUGUCACCACCUGGCUAGCUAUUAGCAACAGCUUUUGCAACUGCGUCAUCUACAGCUUGUCCAAUAGUGUGUUCCGCCUAGGCAUGCGCAGGCUCUCCCAGACGAUUUGCUCCUUCAGCCACUGCGCUGCUGAUGACCGGGACUUUGGAGAACCUAAACCAAGGAAGAGGGCAAACUCAUGCUCCAUUUGAAGGGAAGAUUUUCACAGGAAGAGGAUUUUACUGUAAUAUUUGAAUUGAAAGCUUGAAUCUUAACAAGCUUACCAGCUGGUGAACUUUGACUUAAUUUGGCAGGAUUAAACUAAACAGAAAAAAAUCCUGUUGUUAUAGUGUCUGUGAGCUGACACCAGCGACGUUGCCUCGGUCAUGUUAACCUUGAUUGAUUGCGUUCCAAGCUUUUCAAGGAGGUGUAAUGUCUAAACAAAAAGAUUUAAUGGUGGACAGGUACUUUGUGGUGGCUUUUAAUCUGUGCUGUGGGUUUUAGCUUUGGAUCACAUAGAAAGUAGUUUCACCAUGGCUUUCUCAGGCUUAAGUGUUUACAUUUUGCUGUAUGUUAUCAGCCAGGUCAGAACUAGCGGGAAGACAAAGUUGUAGAUUUCAAAUUAUUUAUAAACAUUUCCUCAGACAUCAAAUUUGACCUCAUAAUUUAAUGCCUAUUGUUGAAUUUUGUUAAAGUUGCUGUGAAUUGGAUUUGACCUUCCAGUCAAGGUCUGCACACUUUUCAUGACUGCGAUUAGCACAGAUAAGUUCAGCCUAUAAACCUUACUUGCACAUACCCUCCUGGGUAAAGGGUGUAAAUGGGUUUCAUUAGACUUGCUAACUAUAUAAACACACACAGUGGCAAUGAGGACAUCCAUUAUGCUGCUGUUAAAUAACAGAUGGUGAAUGGCCUUGACUGUUUUUUAAAAGAAAGUGAGCAGUCCCUUUCUCCUGAGUUAUUAUUUUGUUUUAGACAGUAAAUUGAGAGGAGUGAUUAAAGGAGAGAGAAAUGUUGGAACGUAGGGAUGCACUGAUCAGGUCUACUGAUCUACUGAUGCCCAAUUCACUGAGCACUGUUCCUAUUGUUGAUUGAAAUGUUUUCCGCUGAGACUUUCUACACUGUCAGAAAAAGGUACACUGUAACACCUAUUGUCACUAGGGCCAAACUUUUUUUUUCUUUUCAUGAUACUGAAUUUUAUUUUAUUUUAUUUAUUUAUUUAUUUUUAAAUUCCCCAAACAAUGUGAAUAAAAUGGAACAAAUUAGAUUUUCUCACCCUAUAGUCCCAAUUUUCUACUUGUUUAUUGGGAGUUUUAAACAAAAAGGUGCGCAAUUUGUAAAUGGAAAACUGACUUCAUGUUAAGUCUCAAAGUGGGUUAUUUGCAAUUUUUCCACCAAUGUCUGAAUUGUAGUUGUGGACAAAUGACAGAUUCUAGUUGUACUCCAACAGGGGACACACAUGUGUCUUUGGAGUAUUUCAGCUG